AUUUAUCUGAACACUCUGACCAUACGUCUCUUCCUUCUUGGGUGGACUGAUUCACGAUAUACUGGCACGGCUGUAAAGGCGCCACCACGGGCACUUAAUCGUUUUUGACGCAUAUUUUUCAGUGAAUGACCUUGGCCGUCCCACGCGACGUUCACUUGCGAAGGGAAAACGUGGGAGAAUCAGCUGCUGACAACAAAAAUCUCCUCACGGAAGCGGACGCCAGAUCUCGAGACAGAAAAUACCCCAAUCGUCAUCGACGGGUAUCUAUCGAUGACGGUUCUGUGUUCCCCACGUUGUUCCGUCCGUCUUCUGCACCUGCGUCGGCAAAAGCUGCGUCCGGUGCAGCAGACUUUCCCCACCGCGCUGGGAAGUGGACGAAACAAAAACAGUAAAGUUGAAUCGUUGUCUGGCAGUCGAGGAGUCUCACAACUGUUCAACUGUUCGUGGCUGGUGGAGUUUCCUUUUGAUCCCCUUUUGCAUUCCGUCACCCUGUGGGCCCCAUCUCUUUCACUAAGCACGAUGCAGGGCAUGGAAGUUCAGCCUCACAUCAGACUCCGCAAGGAGGAUGUGGAGCCGGUCGUCAUUAUUGUUGGUGACCCUGCGCGGACGGAGGAAGUCGCAAACAUGUGCGAGAAAAAGCAGGAGUUGGCAUACAACCGUGAAUACCGGUCUUUCAGAGUCGUGUACGACAGCCAGCCCAUCACUGUGAUCUCUCACGGUAUUGGCUGCCCGGGUACUUCGAUCGCCAUCGAAGAACUGGCGUAUCUUGGCGCUAAGGUGAUCAUUCGCGCGGGCACGUGCGGAAGCUUGAAGCCGAAGACACUGAAGCAAGGAGACGUGUGUGUUACCUACGCAGCGGUCAAUGAAACUGGUCUCAUUUCAAACAUCCUUCCUGAGGGUUUCCCCUGUGUUGCGACUCCCCACGUGUACCAAGCACUGAUGGAUGCCGCCAAGGAACUCGGAAUUGAGGCCGCCUCUGGCAUCGGCGUCACACAAGAUUACUUCUACCAAAACGGUAUUCUGCCAUCGAAGCUGGAAAUGUAUUCCAAGUGCUGCGACGUUAUCGACAUGGAGAUGUCCGGUGUCCUCGGUCUGUGCCAGGCUCGUGGCAUCGCGACGUGUGGCAUCCUUGCUGUGGACGGGUCUCCGCUUCAGUGGGAUGAAGGUGACUAUGACGCAACUGGAGUGAAGGCAACCACUGGGAAGGAGAACAUGAUCAAGAUUACUCUCAAGGCAUGUGCGAAUCUGCGUCGCCAGUACUAAAUGUACCCAACUUUGUAGAUACAGCGGUGCUUGCUUGUGUAUUGUAGAUUUGUCACUCUUGUAUAUACACCCGUUGUCCGUUGAGGGGGCCUACCGUGGCUGACAACCCUAACGUGGCAGAUGUCACUAAAAUACACAGAUUUGAAAGUAUGCUGGCGUAGAGGACUGGUAAAACUAGUGUAUAGAAUCGCGGGUGACCAGGAUAUGGGUCGGCAGGCUGUCUAAGCAGGCACCCUACUGUCUUCCUGUUCCAGGGCUGCAUCGUAUUGUACCACCUCGUUACAGCGUGGUUCCAGUUUCGUGUAUUUAAAUGUACAACAAAUUUCACAGUAAUGUAGCAAAUAACUCUCAGAGGGGAUCGUCAGCACCGCCGAAGUGUCGGCUGUGUCAGUCCCUAUUCUGUCCACUUCCCUGAAGAUGGGACGUGGUCGUGACUGCAGGUGUUUUUUGUUCGUCCGUCGAGCGUGUAUGUUAGGCUCUGGUCUCCGAACAGUGAAAGACACACGGGAUGUUUCCCCCGUAAGUUGCCAAUGCGUUUCAGUAGCAUAUGAGUUUUCUUUCGCUGCCACGACUUCGGUGGGCCGUUGGGAUUCCAAAAAGUUGGAUUUGCAGUUGAAGAAACCCUACGGGCUUCUCGAAAGCAUCUCAA